AUGAAACUUCAAAGCUUUUACCUUCUUACCAUCUUUUUCAUGUGUUUAUCUGUUCUUGAAAGCCAAGCAUAUAAGGCCACAAUAAAACAGACUUUGGGCGUUUUGUGCAGAUUUUGGGUAGAAGAUGCAAAUCAUAAUCGCAUAGCUGGUGAUGGAAAAAGACACUACCAUACUUGUGAUGGCGCAGAUAAGGUCAUUGAAUUUGGCAAUCAACAGUACUAUAUUGUUGCGAAAGUUGAAGCUAGUUUGCAGCUAGAAAAAGUCCGAGGUCCUUUCGAUGGCGAUCAUUCGUGUUUUUUUUAUGGCACUAUUGGUAAUUGGAGUUUUGACUGUUAA